CACAGAGCCAUUUGCUGGGUGAUUUAUCUUCUGACUCCCUUUCCUGCUUACGAAGGCCACUUCAUUCCAAAACUUCCUUACAGCAGUUUUUAAAUGUAAAAUACAGCUUUCUCUCCCAAAUUAAAAUUCUUGCUGAUCCCCAAUCUGUAAAGCAGGUUAUAACAGUUCCUUGAUAUAAAGAAUAAUGAAGUUUUAAUUAAUACAAAAUUUAAAAUCUACUUGAGCAUCCUUUUUAUUUCUGUAUUUUGGUUGCUUUGAAGGAAAUUCAGCUAAACAUAUAUAAUAGUUGACCUUGGAAUUUGAGAUAGUUAAAACGGGCCCAGAACCUGAUUAACGUCAAUAUCAAAGAGAAUGACACAGGAGAACUAGUGACACCACAGUGGGACACAUGAACGUUUUUUGUAUAAGGAGUGAGCAUGGGGAGCAGAGGCACCUCAACUGUGCUUGCCUGGCGUCUUCGUUCUCAGCACAGUGUGCGUGAACUUGGCCCACAGUGUGGGGCUGCAGCCUGCCUUUGGACUUGGCUACGUGCACAGAAAAGAGCUUUCCCUGCAGCCAACACCGACAGCUUCCACAGUGGAUCUUAAUGUAUCCCACAUGAGUGUGUGUUUUGAAGUUAUUAAAAAUUUUAAAAAAUAUUUCAAAUCAAUCAGGUAUGAACCCUCAAAGUAUCUUUAGGCUUUUCUGGAACAGGCUUGAAAGCCACUUACGUAACGGACGGCAGCGUCCUGGGCCAUCGCCUUCUGUAAGCAACACGAGUUGGCUCUGGGUUGGGAACUGUCUUAGGAAGAGAACGCAGCCCCCGUCCUCAUGCUUUCACGCGGAAGUAGGGCAGGAGUGGAGGGAGCAAAGCAAUGAUCUUGUGUGGUUGAGUAGUCUAAGGGCCAGAAAAGAAAUGUAAAGAUGAGAUUAUUAUAACAGGCAUAAAUGGGAAAUUUGGGAAGGGUUUGCAGGAGGUGGGAUUUAGGAUGGAACACAGAAGGCCAAUGGGUGCGGGACUCAGUGGGCAGGGGAGCCUAUGGGAAAGGCAGAGAGCUGGGGACUUGGAUCCUCAGUCAGGUCUUCCAGUCGGAGCUGUGAGGCGAUGAAGGAGGCGAGGUGGGGAAGCAGGCAAAAUUGGGGGCAGGGAGCCGUGGACCCCAGACUGAGAUGUCUGCAUGUGAUUGCACAGAACAGAUAGAACUAGAGGUUACUAAGGAAGGGAGUGAUUAUUGCGUCUUGGGUUUAGAAGUGAACCUUGCCAACGGAUAUCAAAAUCGUAACACUAAUUGAAGUAAACAUAAUGUACUAAUCACAUGGUAAUUACUGAAUAGGCUGUACUAACAAACUCAUAGAAGUUUCGUGAUUCAUGAUUGAAGCUUUCCUUGUAAGUAUUUUAUAGACAUCAGCAGUUGCAGCUUCUGGUUAACCAAGACAUGGCCCUGACCACAAGGAACUGGGUGAGCAUCAGCGACUCGUAACGGAACCAGCAGAAAUGCUGCCUGCACGUCCUGCUCCCUGAUACCAGCAGUGAAACAGCCAAUGAUGACGCAGGCAGGAGGUGCCCUGGAGAAGCCAUGGAGCUCAGCGGCAAGAAGAAGCUUCACGCUCUGUCCCUGGCCGAGAAGAUCCAGGUGCUGGAACUCCUGGAUGAGUCCAAGAUGUCCCAGUCAGAGGUGGCCCGGCGCUUCCAGGUCUCCCAGCCCCAGAUCUCCCGCAUCUGCAAGAACAAGGAGAAGCUGCUGGCCGACUGGUGCAGUGGCACCGCCAACCGUGAGCGCAAGCGCAAGCGCGAGUCCAAGUACAGUGGCAUCGACGAGGCCCUGCUUUGCUGGUACCACAUCGCCCGGGCCAAGGCGUGGGACGUGACGGGGCCCAUGCUGCUCCACAAAGCCAAGGAGCUGGCUGACAUCUUGGGCCAGGAUUUUGUGCCCAGCAUCGGCUGGCUGGUCCGCUGGAAACGCCGAAACAAUGUGGGCUUCGGGGCCCGCCAUGUACUAGCACCCCUGUUUCCCCCUGAGCCGCCUCCCCCGGGCCUCGCGUCCCAGACCCAGCCGCCCCUCGCCCUGAAGGACUUCUCCCCAGAGGAUGUGUUUGGCUGUGCCGAAGUGCCCUUGCUGUAUCGAGCAGUGCCCGGCAGAGCCGGUGCGGGUGACCAGGUGCAUGUGCUGCUGUGUGCCAACAGCAGGGGCACAGAGAAGCGGCGGGUACUGGUCAGCGGGCUCCAGGCUGCACCCAGGUGCUUCUUUGGGGUCAGCAGUGAGGCUCUGCCUGCCUCCUACCACCCCGACGUGGGCAUCCCCUGGUCCGAGUGGUUGGCACAGUUUGACCGGGACAUGGGGAGGCAGGGCCGACAGGUCGCCUUGCUGCUGGCUGCCCAAGUGGUGGAGGAGUUGGCAGGCCUGCCUGGGCUCUGCCACGUGAGGCUCCUGCCUCUUUCCACCACCAGCACCACACCUUCUCUGCCCAGCUCUGUGAUCCGGGCCUUUAAAGCCCAUUACCGGCGCCGUCUGCUGGGCAAGCUGGCGGCUGUUCGGAGCAAGAGGGCCGGCACGUCGCUGGCCGAGGCCGGGGCAGACAUCACAGUGCUGGACACGCUGCACAUGGCGGCGGCCGCCUGGGCCAAGGUGCCUCCCCAGUUCAUCGUAAGCAGCUUCCUUCAGGAAGGGCUGGCUCCCUGCAAAGUGCCCCUGUCCUCCAACAGAGCCUCGGAGAUGCCACCGGUCCCUGGCGGGCUGAGCUUGGAGGAGUUUUCCCACUUUGUGGAUCUGGAGGGUGAGGAGCCUGCGUCUGGGGGGUGCAAAGAGGAGAUGGGCACCAAAGACGAGGAGGGGGCUGGGGAGGGUGGCUGCGAGCCCCUGCCCACCAGAGCUGAUGCCCUCCGGGCCCUGGGCACGCUCAGGAGGUGGUUCGAGUGCCAUGGCGCCUCCCCUGAGCUAUUUGAAAAAUUCUAUGCCUGUGAGGAGGAGGUUGAGCGGCUCUGCUGCCUGUGAAGGGCACCUGCUCCUCGCCAGAGCCCCCUCCUGUCCUGUUUCCCAUGGAAACGCCCUGUCACAGCAGGCAGGCGGGAGGCUGGUCUCUUUCCGGUGGCAAUGGGGCUUUUGUGAAAGGUGUAGAGGGGAGACGAGUCGGGAGAGCAGGCCUGAGCUCUGAACAAGAGUUACCCGAGCCAGGGAAGAGCAUCUGAAUCGAAGCUAGGCUCCCUCGUUUCUGGGCCUCCAGGGAGGCUGGGGCUUGCCUAGGUGGAAUUUGGGCUUUACAGGCAGGUUGAUGCCUUGAACUCUGUGUUAAAAAAACAGUUCUGCUUCUGAAAAUAAAGUUUUUAAUCAGAAAAGAGGCCAGGGUGUAAUUUUCAGGGGAAAAGGGUGGACACUUUCAACUCAGCUUUUUAACUUGGUUGCUGAGGGUUGCCACCGCACAGCGGUCUGGAGCUGUCUGCGGAUGACCCUGGGGACCCUCCUCUUCCAGGAUGCCCGCAGGAAGGACUCCCAAGGGCCCGGGGACUCCUCCUUGGCUACCAGCG